AUGGCACCUAGGAGAAGAAGUAUCAAUGCUCUUGGAACUGAUCAACCAGCUACUAAUCGUUUUACAGUCAUUGUUGGGAUUACUGAACAGUCAUGUAGCCCCACAACCAGCAGUUCACCCAACUUUAACUUUGGAGCUACUAAUCGUAGAGUUCCCCCUGUUCCUAUACCCCCUACCGCACCACAUGUUGCUCCAGUCGUCCCUGAAGCACCAGGAGUUGUUCCUGCUGCACCAGCCGCACAGGUUUUACAGUCAUUGUUGGGAUUACUGAACAGUCAUGUAGCCCCACAACCAGCAGUUCACCCAACUUUAACUUUGGAUAGAGGUUCCUUAUUUGAGAGGUUUAUGAAGGCAAAACCUCCAGAAUUUCACGGAACAGUGGACCCUACGGAGGCAGAGGCAUGGGUACUAGAGAUGGAGAAAAUAUUUGAUGUUUUAGGUUGUUCAGCAGACCAGAAGGUGGCCUUCGCAGCUUUUAGGUUCAAGGGUCAAGUAGAGCAUUGGUGGCGCAUGGUGAAGCGUCAAUAUGAGAGUAGAGAAACAGAGCUAGUGUGGAGCAAGUUUCUAGAAUUGUUUAAUGAGAAAUACUUCCCUGAAGCGGUGCGAAGGCAGAAGCAAGUGGAUUUUCUCAAUUUCAAGCAAAAUGACAUGUCAGUGGCUCAGUAUGAAGCCAAGUUUGCGGAGUUGUCGAGGUAUGCCUCACAUCAGGUGGCCAUAGAGGAAGAUAGAGUGAUGUUGUUUGAGAAUGGCUUGCGGUCAGAGAUCUAUGUAAAAGUAGCUAUUUUGGAGAUGAAGACAUAUUCUGCAUUGGCAAGCAAGGCAUUACUAGCUGAAAGGGGAGUAGAAGAGGAAAAGGGAGCUGAGGAAUAA